AUGGAUAUUGAUAUUAGAAAAGCUUUUGACACAAUAAGCUGGGAUUUUAUAAGAAAAAUGCUUGAAGGGCAGAGGUUUCCUAGAGAGAUGAUAAACUGGAUCAUGGUUUGUAUCUCUUCUCCUAAAUUCUCUAUUUCUCUCAAUGGAACACUUCAUGGCUAUUUUGAAGGAAAGAUAGGUUUAAGGCAGGUUGAUCCCCUUUCACCAUACUUAUUCAUUCUAGGGAUGGAAUUCUUAUCCAGGAGAUUAGAGCUCUUAAAGAAGGACAUGUUGUUCAAAUAUCAUCCAAUGUGUGGCAAGCUCAAAAUAUCCCAUCUCAUCUUUGCGGAUGACCUGCUACUCUUUGCCAAAGAAGAUUUAUAUUCAAUCCAAAAGCUACAUCAUUGUGUGAAAGAUUUUAGUGAUGCAACUGACCUAGAAGCUAACCUGGAUAAAUACUCUAUAUACUUUGGUGGAGUUGAUGAUUCUGCCAAAAUAGAGAUAAAAAACUUCCUGGGUUUUUCAGAAGGUGUCCUUCCCUUCAAAUAUCUAGGUGUUCCUCUCUUUUGUAAGAGACUAACAUAUGUGGAUUGCAAUCCAUUUUUGGAUAAAAUUUCAAAUCAUUUUCAUAAGUGGUCAAGACAUAGCAACCUACCGUAUGCAGGGAGGCUUCAGGUUGUGAAGUUGAUUGAUGAGAAAUGCAGGAAAUUCUUGUGGGGAAAAUCUGAAAACUCUUUUAAAACUCCAUUGGUUUCAUGGGAUAAAGAUAAAGUAUGUUGUGGGAAAAAACAAGGUGGACUGGGAGUUUCCUCAGAUGUUAAUUGGAAUCUGGCUUCAGCUAUGAGGAGCAUAUGCUUAAAAUGGAUUGGCAAACUUGUGCUUGGACCUUACUUUUGGAUUGGUAUAACACCAGACAGAGAGGGAAGGGAUUCAAAAAAAAAGGUUAGAAGAAUGGCUCUUGCGGCUGCUGUGUACAGGUUAUGGGAAGAAAGAAAUGGCAGAUGUUUUCAGCAGCGAUUAAAGAGUAUUGAUCAAUUAGUGAAGGUCAUCAAAAUGGAUAUUUUCACUAUAUGUCUGAACAAUCCCAUCUCUGCUGAACAUAGAGAUUGGUUGAUAUAUUUGUAA